AUGUCUACAGCUACUCUGGAGCUUUUCCCUGCACCGUCUCCCUCCCCCUCCAAGCAUACCCCAAGCAUCCUCCCAGGAGCUGAUGCAGAUUCUACCGUCGCGUUACAGAAUGUCCUUCGAGAGAAUCACGAGAAGUGGCAUAUCUUUUUCAAUGACAAAAGAUUUCACAACCAUACCGCUCACCAUGUAUUGGCCAUCUGGGCUCUUGGUGCGAAUAAAGAAACCAUCGACGCUGCGUAUCGCGAGGAUGCUACCAUCCAGAAACCCGCCAUCCCGUCUCCGAGCCCCAUAACUUCUGCAAACUUCACUAGUCACUUGGGAGAUGACAAAUAUUUUGACGCGUACAUGGAUUUCUUUAAGGAGAGGAUCCAGGAGAAAGGCACUACCUCGGUAUUGGAGGAAUUCAUUUUCUCGGAAUCUGCAAAUGUUGAUUCGACAGCGGACAAGAGCAAACAGCCCGCGUUGCUCAACCGAUUGAUGAAUGGAUUAGUACACCCCAUGAUCCAUACAGGGUAUGGGCUCGAGUUCGGCCUGCCUGGAAUGGUUGUCGAAGGUCUCGCCGAAACAGCAGUGCACCACGACAAACUUCAGCCUCUUUUCCCUUCUUCGUUUUUCACGUCUUCGCCAGCAAUAGAUACACUCACAGAAAAAGCUUCAUCCGAACUAGCUCUCGACGAGGCUCCACAUUCACAUGGCGCGAAGAAAGGAAUCCAUGCUUUUGACGUUUUGGCGCGGAUCCUCAAAGACGACACGAUUGAAGUGCCUUAUAGCGAUGAAGAUCCUUUUGAAAAAACGCUGGAGGCAAACGGAGAGGCUCUGUACCGAUACGCAAGCCAAUGGACGUUGGACUUGUCCGAUCCCAAGGAAGUACAUCGCAAAGUCGAGGAAUUGCAGUGGAUGAACACCAUCAUAUAUGCACUAGGCGGUUCUCAACCUGGGAAAAGGUUUAACAGUGAUUUCUUUCUCAUGCAUCUUGUCACGUCAUCGAUAUUCUUGCCUUCUUUCGUGGCCUAUCUCACUCCGCCCUCCCAAGUCCUCCUUCUGCGCCACUACAUGGCUGUAUCCGUCACUUGGUGGGUCUCUCGAGGUCGUCCUGGCUUCGACAUACCAAAGUUCUUCGGGGCGGACACCCCUCUGGCCCCUCCCACAUCGCCGGUUGUGAAACCCACAGGUUGGAAACUGACGCCGAUGCAUAAUCCCUGGUUCAAGAUCAUUCAGCAGGCUGUUGUCCAUCCAGAUGAUCACCUGUGCAAAAUCCAAAGGGCGUUCGUGCAUUACGCCACACUUUACGGGAUACGUCCUAGUGGUGAACCGGAAUUUUCGCGGACAGAACUUCCGGGCGCAGAGAAACUCGAUGGGACGCUCUUUCUUCGAGCCGCACAUUUGACGGCAAAACAUUUUGAGUCGCGUGGGUGGGAUAGGCAUAGCAGCCUUGAAGAUUCAUUGUUAUGGGAUCGGAGCGGAUUCUAUUAG